AUGUCUUAUCUUGAAAUAGUUAAAGGUGUGAAUAGAAAUAGGAUUUAUCGCGGUCGGACGAUUAGAUAUAGAAUCGUGAUUGUGUUGUGUUCUUUAGUGUUAGUGUUAGGUAGUGUGAGAUGCUGGAGUAGUGAUGAGAGUAGUGAUGAUACGAGUAGCGGUGAGAGUGGUGAUAGUGACUUUGCUGGGCAGGAAACAAUUGCUCCGGUGGGUUGGGUAAACUCACCUAAGGUGACUAAAGAUCUAACUGCAAUUGGAUUUUCGGUUCAUCCUAAGAAGUGUCUCGUCUAUGUUAAGAGGCACAUGACUGAAGAAGUAACGGCGGUGGCCUCGGACUCGACUGUAGCUUUAAGUCCAACUAGCCCCACCGAAAACAUUGAUAAGUAUAUGGUGACGUGGCCUGGGCCAAAGUUAAAAUUCACGAUAUCUAAUGACAGCGACCUAGAAAAACUACGCACAGUUUUGAAUGAUAUUACUGUUUUCAUAUCCACUAAGGCCGUGUUUGUUUAUAACCUAGAGUAUUCAGAGAAGUGUAAAGACAAAUUAAAAGUGAUAUCUCAAGUCAUCAACAUGCUAAAGUGUAAGGAGCUGGAGCUUAGAAUAGAGUAUUAUGAUUCAGCACUAAUCCGCCCCCUGAAGUCGGUUGGCUUAUAUCCUGAGUUGACCGAACUACAAGAAACAAUCGAUUGUGCUGCUUCGAAUCCAAAUCGCAAUCUCACAGUUAAUGUCUGUUGUUUGAACCCAACUAGGGUAGAUCUUAUUGGGUUAAUGUUGUCCCAGCGGAAGCUAGUUGCCAAACUCACUCUGAUAGUGACAGUAAUCCAAGAUCGAAAACGUCUUCUAACCUAUUGCGCAGGCUCGACCGCAGAGAGCUAUGAAAAUGAUGUUGAGGACAGCACCCAUAUUGAUUUCACAGCUCUCCACAAUCAAGAAAUCCAAUGCCAAAAGAUUGUUCUUAUUAAUGAAUCGGAAGACUUAACAUUAACUGGUCUUGAGAAUGCUACUCAAGACAUUCAUUCCGAAAUAGUUCUAGAACUGCGUUGGGAGACUCUUCUCUGUCUUAUUAGACGCAAUAAUCCGACCAUCAAUGUUCAUACUAUUAUAGCUAUUGUUCCUAAGUCUACUAAAGACCUAUUCCAACCAGAUCCUCUUCAACAGCAACUACAUUCUACUCCCCGCGCCUUUGCUACUAAAAUAUCUAUCAGAAUAUCUACCCAGAAAUGUUGGUGUCUCAAGGACACGUAUGACAAAUAUUACACCCCCGAAGUAUACGCCAAAUAUGGUAUAUCUGUUGGCGAAUGCACAAUUGAGUAUAAGAACAGACAAGAUGGCUUGUUACAUACGUUAGAGGUCCUUGAAAAGAAUCUACGUGUGAAUUGUAAGAAGUCGAUAGAACAUGUCCAGAGUUGUGGGAUCAAAUGUCCUGCUGAAGAUCGCAGCAAUAACAAAUUGGAACUUCAAGAACCAGUUGAUAUCAACCUUAGGGCUUUAUAUAAGACUAAUCUGUAUGUUUAUGCCGAUUAUGGUCUUGUCGCCGGCCCAGAUGCUCUUUUUUGUCAGAAUAUACACUAUACAGACAUCAACAUUAACGGAUGUGAAGAUUAUAAGGAUAGCGAGAUCUGUCGAUCCCUUUUAAGCCUAUUCGUCAAUAUUGCCGCCCACACGCUUAGAUUUUCGAAUUUCGGCCUUGAUGCAUUCCACACCUUUGACCUAUCUAAGAUAGAAGGAGGUAACGCACUCCCUGAAAUCCUCCGACGCCACCUUAAUCUCAAGGCUUUGAUACUAGACAAAGUUGAUGAUAACCUUGUUUACUGGAUACUAAACAACUACACAUUUGCCGAUUCUAUGGAACUGCAUAUCCUGAACCAAAUCUACAAUAAUCUUAAUAUUGCCCGAAUUCUCUCCCUUCCUAUAUGCCAGAAGAUCUCUAAACUUGUGAUCAAUGACUUUGUUAAAUUAGAUGAGGUGAAGUUAUACAAGGAGUAUAAGAAAGAAGAUAAACUCACUGAACUCCCACUAUUCAACUACAUCGAAACAAUGAAAGCCGAAAACAAAACCACCACGGAUCUUAGUCUUAACAAACUGGUGUUGCAACUGGAAGGUCUUGAUUGCAAUAAGUAUACUGAAAUCUUAGCUGAGUUUAAUGAUAUUG